GCGAGUCAAGAGAGACAUGGCAGAGGAAGCUCCAGCAGCAGCAGCCGCGCCGGCCAAGGCUCCGGCCAAAGCCCCGAAGAAGAAGUCCGCUCCCCGGGCCAAGAAGGACGGACCCAGCCUCCCGAAACUCAUCGGCCGCGUGGCCGAGUCCAAGGAGCGCAAGGGGAUGUCCCUGGCGGCCCUCAAGAAGGUGCUGGCCGGGAAGGGGGUGGACGUGAGCAAGGCCAACAAGCGCAUCAACACCGCCGUCACCAGGCUCGUCACCAAAGGGACCCUGAGCCAGACCAAGGGCACCGGGGCCUCCGGCUCCUUCAAGCUCGCCAAGGAGCCCAAAGCCGCCAAACCGGCCAAGAAGGUGGUGAAGAAGAAGGCUCCCGUCAAGGCCAAGAAGCCCGCCGCCAAGAAGAGCGCAGCGGCCAAGAAGCCCGCCGCCAAGAAACCCGCAGCAGCAGCAGCGGCCAAGAAGUCCCCGAAGAAGGCUCCGGCCAAGAAACCCAAGGCCAAGAAGCCCGUCAAGAGCCCCAAGAAGGCCGCAGCGGCCAAGAAACCCAAAGCCGCCGCCGCCGCCGCCGUCAAGAAGCCCAAAGCCGCAGCCAAGAAAAGUCCGGCCAAGAAACCUGCAGCCAAGAAGGCCGCAGCCAAGAAGACCAAGAAGUAAACUGCUGCUUCAGCCGCUGCAUUUCAUUCACCAAAGGCUCUUUUAAGAGCCAACACACAUUCUGCUAAAGAGCACGAGCUGUCCUCUCGUUUACCCAUCAUUCACUGCUGCACAAACAUUUACAUUCAUCUACAACUCGCAGCUGCAUGGUUUAUUAAUGCACUUACUUUACACAAUCAUGGGAUUUACACUCAAUACAUGUACAACACGUCAAUACUCACACCUUUUCCUCAUGCCACGUCAUUAUAUUACGUCACUCUUCAGCUUAUUAAAUCACUGUGCACAAAUCAGCACAGACACAAGCAGCACUGCUUUAUGAAACCAACAUGUAUAAGAU